UCUCCCUGCCCGGUGCAUCUCUUAGGACCGUUAUCAAUGUCAUUAUUUUCUGCUUUAUUCCGAAAAGGGAAAUGGCUUUGUCGACCAUUCAGAAGGUGGCCCUGUUCUCCUGCCUGGUGCUCUGCGUCUCUCUGCUUCUCCCCAAAACCCUUCUAACCCGAGGGAAACCGUCUGGCCAGCCGGAGGGAAAUCCUGGACAUUUUCCUUCAGCCAGACACCAGCCCAAGCCCACCGAUGGGAGGUCAUCGGGGUCCUUCUUCCCGAGGUCGCAUUUAUCGGAAGCAGUGGCCAAGGCUAAGGGUGGCAGAGGGGCAGGAGGAAACUCGCGGCAAAGUCUCGUGGGGCAAAUUAUACCGAUCUACGGGUUUGGGAUCCUGCUGUAUAUCCUCUAUAUUCUGUUCAAGCUUUCCUCCAAAGGAAAAAGCCCAAAGAUUGAACAGAAGAGCCAACCGAUGGCAAACGGGAACCUGAAGAGGAAAAUCACUGACUAUGAGCUCGGCCAACUGCAAGAUAAACUUAAAGAAACUGAAGAGGCAAUGGAAAAAAUUAUCUCCCGCCUGGGACCAAACUGUGAGAGAACCGAUCAUGUGAGUACAGACGAGGAACAGCAACUACUGCAGCGGCUGAAGGAGAUCACUCGGGUGAUGAAGGAAGGAAAACUUCUGGAUGGAAUUACUCCGGAGCAGGAAGCAGAGGAGGCUCCGUACAUGGAGGAUUGGGAAGGCUAUCCAGAAGAGACCUAUCCGAUUUAUGAGCCUUCGGACCGCAAGCACGACACCAUUCUGGUAGAUUGCUCCGAGCUAAAUCAGCCCUCCGCAGAGGAGAUAGCGGAACAAAUGGAAUUUGCCGAAAAUGAUGAGCAUUUGUGCGCCGAGAGCCCCGAGGACGAAAAACAUCAUAACCUCCUCGAAAAUCCCAUCAACUCCUCAAACAAUAUCUUCCGCCCCCCGCAACAGAAGUCCCCCCGCGUUGGCGACACGGCGGAGAGAGGCGAUACUGAAGGCGAGGAAGAAGAAGAUGACGAAGAUGAUCCAGCGGUGUUGGCCGAAAAUGCCGGCUUUCAUUUGGAAAGCUGCAGCGAUCAGGGCGACUUGUUUGCCAAUGACAUUUCAAUGGACUCAGACGACGGCGAGGAGUCACCGGGCGCGUGUGACGCCACCGGUAGGGAGGAUGUCGGCACCUUAAGAAAAAGGAGCAACAAAAGAAUAGAAUACUAAAAAAAUAAAA